AUGAUGGACAUUACGCCCGGGCCCAUGCAGGAUGCACAGAUUGGCAUUGAUAUGCUGGACACUUUGGAGAGUACAGACACCAUCCACGAUACUGGCCAAGUCCCUGGCGAUGCGGAAACCUUGGACCGCUCGACCAACGAUAUCAACACCAACAACAGUAUCGACACCAACGAUAUCGACACCAACCCACACACUCCCUUGAAGCCAUCGGGAAGCCCAACAACCAAGCCCAAACAGAAGCGCAACAAGCCCACGCUCUCGUGUCUGGAAUGUGUCGAAAGGAAGACGAAAUGUGACCGCGUUCGACCAUGUUGUCUCGCGUGUAUCAAGCGGCAGAGCGCCUGUGUAUACACGGCCGUCGCCAAUCUGAUAUUGGCCACAUCAGAUCGCAAGGGCAGUACUUCUCAUCCAAGCAGCAAAGCUACUCAUGUCGUCAGGCCGCCCAACAAGGCUCGCCGGACGAGCUUGAUGCAGUCACCGUCAGGAACGUACGCCUCGCCAACACUGGCUGACAAUGGCUGGCCUUCUCUUGACUCGAAAACAUAUGGUCCGCCUGUGUCGAACGGCGGCGAUCCACCAUUCAAGUUCUCGCAUAUACCAAUCUCGCAGCAGCCUACGCCGAGUAAUGUCUUCGGCGUGGGCUCGCAGCAUCCUUUCUCCAAUUACUGGACAUGUCAAGGUGGACUGCCAGAGGUCAUUACGGUACUCCCUAGUAAAGACCAGGCCGACUUACUUGUGAAUAAGUACUUUGACAUCUUCGACACCGUGUACCCCUUCCUGCAUCGGCGAACAUUCUAUUCGGACUAUGAGACUUUCUGGGCACUGCCGGCGGAAGACAAGGGCAAGACAGAUGCCUCCUUGAUAGCUUUACAUUACGCCAUCUAUGCACUUGGGACGCAAUUCAUGCAGUCCACGCCUUUUGAAGAACGAUCCCAGACCGCGGAAUUCUACUGCUCUGCGGCAAAUCAAGCCUUGCGUGUCUAUUCGUACCUCAACCGAACGUCAAUGCAGGCCAUACAAGCAAUGCUGCUCAUGUCUUACUUUCUCAUGAACGACAACCACGCCAGUGAUGCGUACGCCUUCGCAGGCAUUCAUCUGCGUCAAGCCUUUGCGAUGCGACUCCAUCGAGAUCCUGAAAUUGUCGUGCCCGAGGCCUCGAUAUUGGAAAAGCAGCAACGACGGAAGCUGUGGCAGGCAGUAUUUUUUCAUGAUACUUUUCUUACUCUCCUGCUGGAGCUUCCUCCCACAGCAACGCAUAGCGACGUCCCAGUCGAAUCGCUUUCGGACGAGAAUGAGCUCAGCAACGAUGGUCUCGACGUAUGCCUGGGCUCACAUUCCAGAAUCGAGAAUCUCAUGAGCAUCAAUGUGAUUGCGCCCCAGAUUCCCGAACCACUCGUACCCCCACAACCGCACCAUGUGAUUGAUGAAGCCACCUCCAAAGCCGACAUUGCAUACAUGCGAGCCAUGUGGCACCUGGGUAAUCUCGUACAGGACAGUCUCUCGUCUGCACUCGCAUUAUCCAUUCCUGUGGCGAAUAGCGUACGGCAUAAAGAAUCCCUAGUCACCGCAUUUCGACGUUUAUACAAAAGUUUCCCCUCGCAGCUGACCACACUCGAUUACACCAUUCUCCAACAACAAGCCGCUACUAAUCCUCGAGUGGUGCGGCAAAACCUCUUUCUGACUUCGAAUUACUACCACAGUCUCAUGCUACUCCACGCUUCGGAAAACCCGGAGCAAGGCGUCGAAGCCAAUGUCAAGGCCGCUUUAGAAGCCGCGCACGAAGCUCUGUGCGCCUUUUUCAAACUAUGGGGCUUGUUUGAAUUCGAAGCAGUGGUUUGGUGGGCUUUCCAACACCGAGCAUUCUCCGAAUCUUUACUUCUAGCCAAAUUUCUCGCCCUUUCCUCCUCCUCCUCGGAAGAUUCGGAUGAAAUUUACACCAAAGCUCGAGAAGAUAUCCGUCGAAUGUUGGAGAUUAUGGAAAGAUAUGGUGGGAAUGUAGAGAUGCAUCAGACGAGGAAAAAUGUUCUGCAUGAGGCGUAUAUGAGAAUUGUCAAGCAUCAGCAGCAGCAAAAGAAAAAUCACGACCUCGCUACAAAUCAAAACGUAAGGUAG